GGGCCAGAGCCAACAUGGAACCCUCAAUGGGAUAAGGGUGAAACUCCCGGUGCCGGCUGUUCCUUUCUCCCGCCCAGUCAUGUUGGUGCACUUAUUUCGGGUCGGGAUUCGGGGAAGCUCUGUCCCAAGCAGACCGCUACUCCCCCUCAGCUUCCAGACAUUCUCGGCUGUCAGGCACUCCGAUGUCCGCCACGGCUCCCACCUCCUCAGGGCCGCGGCUCAGCUGCGGUGUCAGCUCCGGGCUCGCCUCUUUCGAGCACCCCCAGCUCCCCGCCGAAGCCCCUCUGCCUGGCACUGGGUUGGGGGAGCCCUGCUGGGCCCCGUGGUACUGAGUAAGUGCCCCCGCCUCUGCCUCGUGGCCCUGUGUGAGGCAGAAGAGGCCCCUCCUGCCUGCCCCAGGCCCUAUGUUACGGAGUCCCACUUUAACUGGAAGCUCUUCUGGCAGUUUCUGCGCCCCCACCUGCUGGUCCUGGGGGCAGCGAUCCUGCUGGCACUGGGUGCGGCUCUGGUGAAUGUGCGGAUCCCCCUGCUCCUGGGCCAGCUGGUGGAGAUCGUGGCCAAGUACACGAGGGACCACGUGGGGAGCUUCCUGCAUGAGUCCCGGAACCUCAGCACCCACCUGCUCAUCCUGUAUGGCCUCCAGGGACUGCUGACCUUCGGGUACCUGGUGCUGCUGUCCCGCAUCGGCGAGCGCAUGGCCGUGGACAUGCGGAAGGCCCUCUUCAGCAGCCUGCUCCAACAAGACAUUGCUUUCUUUGAUGUGAAGAGGACGGGACAGCUGGUAAGCCGGUUGACGGCCGAUGUGCAGGAGUUCAAGUCAUCCUUCAAACUUGUCAUCUCUCAGGGGCUGCGGAGCUGCACCCAGGUGGCCGGCUGCCUCGUGUCCUUGUCCAUGCUGUCCCCGCGCCUCACCCUGCUGCUGACGGUGGCCACGCCCAUCCUGAUGGCAGUGGGCACCCUGAUGGGCUCAGCUCUCCGAAAAUUGUCACGCCAGUGUCAGGAGCAGGUCGCCAGGGCGACAGGUGUGGCUGAUGAGGCCCUGAGUAAUGUCCGGACUGUGAGAGCUUUCGCCAUGGAGCAGCGGGAGGAGGAACGCUACGGAGCAGAGCUGGAGAAGUCCCGCCAUAAGGCGGAGACCCUGGGCAGAGGCAUCGCCUUGUUCCAGGGGCUCUCCAACAUCGCCUUCAACUGCAUGGUGCUGGGCACCCUGUUCAUCGGGGGUUCCCUCGUGGCAGGCCAGCAGCUGAGAGGGGGAGACCUCAUGUCCUUCCUGGUGGCCUCCCAGACCGUGCAGAGGUCCAUGGCCAACCUCUCUGUCCUGUUUGGUCAGGUGGUUCGGGGGCUCAGCGCGGGCGCCCGGGUGUUCGAGUACAUGACCCUGAGCCCCUGCAUCCCGCUUUCCGGGGGCUGCUGCGUGCCCAGGGAGCAGCUGUGCGGGUCCAUCACGUUCCACAACGUCAGCUUCAGUUACCCCGGCCGCCCUGGCUUCCCGGUGCUCGAGGACUUCAACCUCACACUGCCCCCUGGCAGGAUCGUGGCCCUGGUGGGCCAGUCGGGUGGAGGAAAGACCACCGUGGCUUCCCUGCUGGAGCGCUUCUACGACCCCACGGCAGGCACAGUGACCCUGGACGGGCGGGACCUGCGCACCCUCGACCCCUCCUGGCUCCGGGGCCAGGUCAUCGGCUUCAUCAGCCAGGAGCCGGUCCUCUUUGGAACGACAAUCAUGGAGAACAUCCGUUUUGGGAAGCCGGGUGCCUCGGACGAAGAGGUGUAUGCCGCUGCCCGGGAGGCCAACGCGCAUGCGUUCAUCUCCCGAUUCCCUGACGGCUACAACACCAUCGUCGGGGAGCGGGGCGCCACCCUGUCCGGCGGCCAGAAGCAGCGCCUGGCCAUCGCCCGCGCCCUCAUCAAGCAGCCCGCGGUGCUGAUCCUGGACGAGGCAACCAGCGCCCUGGACGCGGAGUCCGAGCGGGUCGUGCAGGAGGCCCUGGACCGUGCCAGCGCGGGCCGCACCGUGCUGGUCAUCGCCCACCGGCUCAGCACCGUGCGCGGGGCCCACCACAUCGUGGUCAUGGCCCACGGCCGUGUCUGUGAGGCAGGGACCCAUGAUGAGCUCCUGAAGAAAGGCGGGCUCUACGCAGACCUCAUCCGGAGACAGGCGCUGGCCUCCCCGCCCCCCGAGGUGCCCAGGGGCCCUGAGUCCUGAGAGUGCUGCCCAGCACAGCCCCCAGGGCUGAGGACUGAGCCCCAGAGGGCCAGUGUGCUGGCCGCAGGCUGCCCCCCAUGCACAGCGAAACCCAGAACAGGCCCGGGGCUGGGGGGAGCCUGGGCCCCAGCUCUAAGGAAACCACGGGCAGGGUCAGGGAGUGGCAGAGAGUUCACACCGGGCCCGGCCCUGCCCAGGCCAGACCUCACCUGCCUCAGCUGACUCCCUAUGGCCCUUAGUCCCCACCACCUCCCGGGGCCUGGGGAGGAGGCCCCCCACCCUGCUCCCCAGCCAACCCUUUGACCCCGCAGUCCUCACUUCUAAAGCUUGCCCUUCCCCAUCUGAAUGGGGCAGGGGCCCGACAGGCCCUUGGGAGGCAGGGGAGGCAGUCUUGGACCAGCCUGGCCAGGCCCGCCUCCAAUCUUUCACCUGGUGAGACUGUGGACAGCCCCCUCUACCUGAGGACACCAGCUUGGAAGGGGACAGAGCAGGAGCCGACACACCCGGAACUGCAGUCGGGGACACGUAGCACCAGCUGCCACCAACCAUGAGGGCCACGGUGAUGCUGAGCCCUUGAGCUGACAGAUACAAAACCUGGCUGGGGAGGGGCAGCCCCCGCCAAACCAGGCGAAGACAAGACUGGAGCCCCCCCUCAGAAAAGGACUGUCCAAGCCCCUGCGCGCCUGGGCCUGUGGCCCUGCAGCUGUGAGUGAGGACCUACGAGUGGCCACUAUCUCCCAGCCGCCCUCCUGACUGGCUCUGCCCUCAUCACCCCCACCAGGCACACCUCCCCCUUCACGGAGCUCCCCACGGAGCCCUGCCCUUGAUCGGGCAGGGGAAUUGCCUGUGCCAGGCCUCCCAGGCUGACCGGGCAUUUCAGGGGUCUUCUGUGGACUGGACGGCAAGGCCACGGAGCAGGGGCAGCAGCAGUGACAGGAGGCGCAGAGCUGCCUACUUCUGGAGGCCAGCCCAGAAGAGGCAGCAGUGGCUCGGGGUGCGUGCAGGAGCCGAGUGAGAGACUCCACAGCCUCUUCCAGGUGUGACUCAGGACCAGACACCACCCCAGACGUCCCAGGGCCACAGCUGUCCUGCUUUGCUGCUCCGGUGGGUGAGAGGUCACAUCCCAGGGCAGCCUCGGCCCAGGACAUGGAGCGUGGGGCUGGCUGUGGGUUGUUUCACCGUUCAAUGGCCAGUACAGCGAGAGCAGGUGCACUGCUCCAACCCACUGGCAGGUGGCUCAGUGGGUCAGAGCAUCGUCCUGACACCUCAAGGUGCCAAGUGCAGUCCCAGGUCGGCACAUCCAAGAAACAACCAAUGAAUGAAUAAGCAGAACGACAAAUCAAUGUUUCUCCGUCUCUCUCUAAAGCCAGUUUAAGAAAACUUUUUUUAAAAGUUAGAGUGGGGUAAUCUCUGGUAAACUACGAAAAACCCACAAUGCUGCGGCCUCCAAACGAGGUCACGUUGGGGCAAUAAACCACGUCACCCACUCACUCUCCGAAAA